CACUCUCAUAAAGAUGGAGGUGAAUCUCUUUCCGGUUUCAAAAUAGAAAAUAAAUUAUAAUUUAAUAACGAAAUCUCUGAAUUAAAUUACAGAAAUUUAUUUCAUUGUUAAUAAUUUGAUAUGUUAGGUCAUUUCAAAAAGUGAGGAUUUUAAAGAAAAAGUGUAUAAUAGUCAAUAAUACUUAACCUUACAUGUGUUUGUAAGAAGGAAGUCAAUGCACCAUCUCUACUUGAAAACGAGUUUUAAUUUCUUUAUCUUCCGUUCGCAAUCGUACCUAUGAAAACAAACUUUAAUGAUCAGCUGAUUAUCUUUUCUAGUUUAUUUUUGUUAAAAAAAAAUAUUUUCCUAAUUAAAUUUUUGUAUCCACAAUUCUGAAUGAUUGAAUGUGAAUAUCAAUUUAAACCUGCUUUAAUGUAUAUGAAUGGUUUAUAUAAAAUUUACUAAACGGUACAAAUGGCCAGUGAAGAUCGUUUAAAAUCACUUUUGUCAGAUCUUGGAAAGGCAACAUUACGUGGAGUACGUAAAUGUCCGAAAUGUGGAACCUACAAUGGUUCAAGGGGUCAUUGUUGUAAAAAUAAAUAUUGUGAUGCAGUAUUUAAAGAACCGGGUGAAAAACGAAAAUUAUCAACGGAAGCUUCUAAAUUAAUAACAGGCUCAACUACUCAAAUAUUUUCCGUACGAGCACGUGAUAAAGAUCCUGAUUAUCGAGGUUUUGUUCAAUUGCCAUUAAUUAAUGGUGAAAUUAUGAAUGUAACUGCUCUAUCAUCAUCACUUUGCUUUAUAGAUGGUUGUGAACGAAGAUUCGAUGCAAAUAUAUUGGAGUGUCAUGAAAAACAACUAGUACAAAAGCCAUUAGAAAAUUGUCAACAUAUUCAAGCAGCAUUACGAUGUUAUUCGGAGGCUCAACCUUUAACGUUAAGAAAUUCAGUAUUGCUGUCUUUAAAUGUCAAUAAUGAAAUUAAACAGGAAAUCUGGUUAUUGGCAACAGAGACGUCGGCACCUCUCGUACAAAGAGUAUCUAAGCAUUUGAUGGUUGUUAAAUGUAAAGUUACUUCCAAACAUCCUUUAGGUUAUUUACACUUUUCAUUUUUUAUGAUGAAAGUGAAAGACAAAGUGGAACAUCAAUAUUUCUGUAGUUGCUCUACUUUUAAGGGUUCGAAAUCAAUGAUACAUAAAGUGAAUAUGAACAAUGUUAAUCAAAAAUCGCGUUGCGUUCAUUUCUAUGCUUGUGUUUGUGCUUUUGCUAGCGAUGAUAAAUUAGCAGAAGAAUUCGAAUAUUACAUUAAUCUUGAUCAUUCCUAUCUACCUGUACCAAGGCCAAUCGGCUCGAAUCUUCGAUGUAAUGAAAGUGAAAAAUUCAUAAAUAUGGAUUUAGAAGGUCUAACUGAAGAUACACAUUUGUUAAUUUUCCGAGACGAUGCCUUUACGGUUCAUAAUGUACAAGGCAAUUUGAAUUCAGUGAAUUUGAACACAGCCAUUCUAUCAGAAAAUAUUGACGAUAAUAUUAAAAUAAGCGAUCAAAAUUUUUUGAGUGAUACCAAUAUUAUUUCACAGGUACACAAUUUAGAGGUAAUUGAUCAAAAUGCCGUUUUUGAUGGGAGAACAGUGAAAAUAAUAAGUGAUCAAGCGAUACUAGAUAAAUUAGACGACAUAAAUAGCAGUCAAUGUGUUAUAGACGAUAGUUUUGAAAUAAUAAAUACCAACAAUGUCAAAUUUCUUGACACAAAUGUUCUUUUGGAUGGUAAUAGUAUUAGAAUUCUAGGUGAAAAUACAAUAAUUCCUGAAAAUAGUAUACGAAUUAUUGAUAGAAAUUCAAUAAUUGAAUGCAAUUCAGAAAUUUCUAAAACUAAUUAUCCAUCACGACUUGGAAAUUCUAUGAAAAGAAAAAGAAACGAUCAACUUUCAUCGACAAAUACAAUAAGUAUCAAUAAUUUAAAAUCAAUUGAACCUAAAAAAGUGAAAACUAAAACAAUGCACACUAAAAAAUUUCAUUAUUCUAAUGAAUCAGUGGAUGAAAAUAAAGUUAAUCAACCUUUUAUAAAUUGGCUCGCCUCAGUAACUGAGAGAAUUAAUGAAACAAUGCAUUUUCAAUGUAAUGGAAAACCUGAUCCACUUGUGUUUCAUGUGCCACAAAUUUUUUUCGAAUGUCUCCGUGAAAGAAUAUCUUGCGGUGCAAAGAAGAAACGUUUACCAAAUUCGACAACUUCAUUUGUUAGAAAAGAUGGUGUGCCUUUGGGUACAUUCAUCAAAUAUACAUGGCAAAUCACAAAUAUUCUACAUGUAAAAAGUAUUUUUGAAACCCCUUUAAUUCCAUUAGAAAUUACGAGGAGUUUUAUUCAAAAUUCCGAUGGUACUUAUCAAUUGUAUAAGAGAGAGGAAACGGAUAUUGAUCGUUAUAAAAAGACAGUAAAUAGCGCUUUAAUCAAACCUAUGGAAUUAAAAACAUAUUUAAAAGUUGGAAAUACGUCUCCGAGUCAAGUAGAACCAACACCUUUUUUGAUUGAAUGGAUCCCGGAUAUAUUGCCAAUUUCAAAAAUAGGUGAACUUCGAAUAAGAUUUGAAUUUGGUCAUGUAAAAAAUGUAACACCACAACGAUGCAAGAAAAUGCCGUUGUUAAAAAAGUAUUAAUACUUAAUUUUAUUAGUUAUUUAAAAAUUUUAUCAAAAAAAGCGCAAACACUUUCAUCAAUGAAAGAAAAAACAAAAAAAAUUGUUUUUACAUUGAACACAAUUUUAGUUAGUUUAUAUUUUAAUAAAUUAUUGUUAAUAAUUUUUUUUUAAUGCAUUAAUAAUAAUGCAAAAUAAAACUUGAUUUUCAUUUACUUAAUGCCUUGUAAAUACAAGUCGAUUUUUAUGUUAAUUUAAAAUUAAAUAAAAUAAUAUUUAAUGUUCUGAAAAAAAAAAAAAAAUGUAAAAAGAACUGCACAAAAAGUGAUGUAAAAAUGUAUUUAUUAAAAAUCAUUCAUAAAGCAAUAAUAAAGUCACUUUAUUAAAGUGCUAUUUAAUUAA